GUCUCAAAUAUAUCAGAGUAAACUAGUAACACGAUCAUUGUUUCUAUAGACAAGCAAACGGACUAUCUAACAUAAAUAGAUAGUGACUACACGUAUAUAGCGGUUUAUCUAACAUAGUUUAACGAAAAGAAAAAUAAGCAGAAAAUAGAUAAUUUGAAAUAGACAUAUGAAAUACAUCGUUGACUAUUAUUCAAAGUCAUGGAGAAUGUAUUUAUUACUUUAAUGUCAUUUUGUGUUAUAUCUGGAGCAUUGACACAGAAUGAUGCACGUGAAGUUGAAAAUGUUGUCACUAAUCAGGCUGAAGCAACAAUUACGGUGUUCUACCCACAGUCCUAAUCAACUUUGAAUGUUCUAACCUUGUUGUAAAAUAUUUCUAGGAGUAUUUGAGGCAAUUUGGCUAUGUCCCACAAAUGAGUAGAUCAUCUUCUAGAAUGAUGUCGGAGGCAAUACUAAACUACCAAGAAGCAAUCAAAUCAUUUCAGAGAUAUGCUUAUAUACCUCAAACAGGUGAAAUAGAUUUUGCUACAAUGAGAAUGAUGAACACCCCUAGAUGUGGCUUACCUGACAAUUAUGUACAAAGACGACACAAGAGAUAUGCAACUCAAGGUAGCUGGCCACGAGGUAGGCUCACAUACAAGAUACAUAAUCACACCCCGGAUCUACCUCGACCCCAAGUUGACUCAGUAAUUGCCAAAGCAUUCAAGGCUUGGUCAGAUGUUACAAAUCUACGUUUCCAACGUGUCUACACAAAUGAUGCAACCCUAAACAUCAGAUUUGCAUCCUACAGUCACGGACAUGGAUCACCGUUUGAUGGACGAGGAAAAGUUUUGGCCCAUGCUGCAUUACCCCGGGGUGGAUAUAUACAUUUUGAUGAGAGUGAAACAUGGACUGAGAGAAGUCGGCAAGGGACAAAUCUGUACUGGGUUGCAGUCCAUGAAUUUGGACAUGCCAUAGGACUAUUACAUAGCCAAGUCAGGAAUGCUGUGAUGUAUGCUUAUUACAGAGGAUACCAACCCAACUUGCAGUUACACACAGAUGACAUCCAAGGCAUUCAAAGUAUAUACGGUCGUCCCAUUGGAGGAGGUGGGGGUACAGGUGUUCUUGGCCCAUGGACAAGGUGGGGUAGCUGCUCAAAGUCAUGUGGCACAGGUGUCCAGUCAAGAUCUAGGACCUGUAGCAAUGCUAGAUGUUCUGGUGAUACAAGAGAAAGCAGAAACUGUAACACACAAAGCUGCCCAACAAUAGGGGGAGGAGGCAAUACAUGUGUGGACAGAAACAUCCAUUGUGCAUACUGGCAGAGAACUGGGGAAUGCACUAAGAGUGCAAACUACAUGCUGAAAUUCUGCAAGAAAUCAUGUGGCGUCUGCAAUGGAGGUGAAACAUGUAUUGACAACAACCAACACUGUGCAUACUGGCAAAGGACGGGAGAAUGCAGCAAGAGACCUCGAUACAUGUUAACCAAUUGUAAGAAAUCUUGUGGAGUGUGUUCCUCCAACAGUCCAAAUGGUGGAGGGAAUAAUGGAGGAACAUAUACUUGGCAAACAAUAGUUGGGGCAUGCAUACGGGGACACAAUGACAAAGUGAUAAAUAAUGUGGGGACAAUUGGGGACUGUCAAUCAAAAUGUGUUAGAGAGGGGACAUUCACAUGCCGAUCUAUUGACUAUGCAUCUCGUUGGAAAACAUGUAUCCUCUCCCGACAACGUUCACCAGUUUCAAGACCCUGCCCAGUCCCUGGGUACACAUUUUCUAAACUCAUAAGGUGACUUUCUUAUUGAAGUAAUAUUCAUCUGCUGACUAAAUGC